AUGCCUACUCAGUUUGUGCGUUCAGCUAAAAAUGCUUUGAAAGGAUAUACCUCAGCGCAGGUUUUGGUACGUGAUGCUACUGCUAAUGAAGUUGAAGGUCCCAGCGUGGACAUGCUAGACGAACUAGCCCACAGAUCUUAUGAUAGCGUAGAAUUUUUCGAGAUUAUGGAUAUGAUUGAUAAAAGGUUGAAUGAUAAGGGAAAAUACUGGCGGCACGUUGCUAAAUCUUUGACAGUUUUAGACUACUUGGUUAGAUUUGGGAGUGAAAAUUGUGUUCUUUGGUGUAGAGAGAACUUAUACAUUAUUAAAACCCUUAGGGAGUUUCGUCAUGACGACGAUGGGACUCAAGAUGGUGGCCAAAUUAUUAGAGUUAAAGCAAAGGAACUAACGAAUCUUUUGAUGGAUGAUGAACGUUUGAGAAUGGAAAGAGGUGAGGAUAAAGGUGCCCCACCCAGGAUGAUGAGCCCAAGUCCUCCAACACCACGCCGUAACUCCUAUGAUAGUGAAAUGCAGAGGGCAUUAGAUGCAAGUAGGUUGACAGCAGAAGAGGAUGAAAGACGCAGGAAAACCUUGAAUAAUGAAGAUGCAGAUUUGGAAACUGCAUUACAGUUGAGUAAAGAAGAGGAGGAGUUGAAACGUUUGCAAGAGUUGCAAAAGGCUCAGCAGGAUCAACAGCGGUUGUCGCAAAUGCAACCUCAAGGUUAUUACGAUAUCUUUGGUAAUCCAAUUUCACCCGAGGAAUACAUGCAGUACCAACAACAACAGGAACUAUUGGCGAAGGAGCAACAACAACAGGAACUUUUGGCUCAACAACAGGAACAACAGAGACUAUUAGAACAACAACAGGAACAACAGAGGUUGGCAGAGGAACAAAGAAGAUUGGCGGAAGAACAGCAGAGGCAACAAGAGGCUCAGUAUUGGGCCAUGCAACAGGAGGCCCUUGCGCAACAACAGGCAUUGGCUCAACAACAGGCAUUGGCGCAGCAACAAGCAUUGGCUCGGUUACAGGAACAACAGAGGUUGGCAGCGUUACAAAAGCAACAAGAAGGAUACUUCCAACAACCUGUGUCUACAGGUUCCAACAACCCAUUUGCCCUCAACGGCAUGCCAUUACAAUCUAAUUCUAAGCCACAAGCGGCUAGCGAUCUGGCAGGCUUGAACAAUUGGGGUAAUAACAGUACUGGACAACUUGAAAUGCCCAAAUAUCAACCAAGACCACAGCAACCACAACAUAACACAGCACCAGAACCUCAGCCCAUGCAACCGGUCAGAACUGGGAACCAAUCAAUUUCGGACAAAUACAACGAUCUCAAUCAAUUACUUGCACAACCUACAGGUGUGGAUACCUUUGGUAAUGUGGGUGAUGCUCGUAUUCCAGCUCAACAUACGAAGACCGGUACUUUUAUCAAUUCUCAAGGUACUGGUUUCAAACAGUAUAGUAAUGAACCAAAGAAAAAUCCAUUCUUACCAACCCAAUUUACUGGUAUCCCGACAUCUUCUGUGGUUCCAUCUCAUACUGGUUACGGGUUUGGUAACCAACAGGCCCAAAACCAACAAAUAUCUCAACCACCUCAACAACAACAAGCAGAUCAAGGUGUUAGUUUGAUCGAUCUGUAA